AUAAAUAUUAAUAAAAACAGUUGUGAAUUUAUUUUUAAAUAGAAGUACUAGUACGCGUUUUACAAUAAUUAUUUUAGUUGAUUUUGUAAUUUCUACUUGAAAAUUUGCUUAAAUGUAUGCAACUAACAUUGCAGAACAAAAAGGAAGUGACAUUUUUUAUGCUAAUGAAAAUUUAAUCUCUUACGUUGUGUUAAUAUAUAAAGAAACCGGUCCCAAAAUCGUUUAGUCGAAUAUAGAUUGUUCAUAUUACUAUAAUAUUAUUAUGUGGUAAAGAUAUAAAUAUAUUCUGACGUCACACAAAACGUUAUUGAUGUCAACAUUAAAAAACGCCUGAUGGCGUCGCAUUUCUCUUUUGUUCUGUAAACAAACGAUGGAAAAAAAUUUUCCCUGUUCUAUCCUUUCAAGUGUCGAACCUUGAGGUACACACACGAUAUAUUUUUUAGUUUGAUUUUUUUCAUAAGUGAAUAAUCAAACUAAAAUAGCGCUUUACUACAAGGCAUCCUGGUUUUAGGCCUUCUCCUACUUUUGCUGUUACCCUUUUUUUAACUGAAGCUAAAGAAAGCGGUGGAAUGGUUACUGGUCUCUACUAAUUAAAGAAGAAUCAACAGCCAUGGACAAAACGGUCAAAAGCAGGGGAUGGCCUUUAACAGGUGCUAAGUGUAACAUCAAACCAUUACUAUUUGAUCUCGAGGAAGCACUUUCUGUAGAGAACACCUACAGGCCCAGUGUAUUAGCAAUUCAAUAUAACGUUAAACCAGGAGAAGUUACUCUCAAGUCCAGGGAUGGUAUUGUACAUCUUCUUCGUUUCCUGAAGUCUUGGUUUGAUACCCCAGAACAAGUCUUUUUUGUAGCCGUCGGCUAUCUGGAUGCAUUUAUAGCACGUAUAAAGGUACCAGAAAAGUACUUGAUGUGUCUUGCAUUUGCUUGUUUCUUCAUAGCUGCCCGUGAAGAGCAACUUGACAUUCCUUUAAGCACUCUGAUCUACAUGGCUAGGUGCAAUUUUACUUUCCAAGACGUACUAAGAAUGGUGGACGUUGUUACAAACAAGCUCCAAUUAGGGUCCAAAAUCACUACUAUUGGAGAUAUUCUUCGGCUGUAUAUCCAGUUUUUAGGAAGCUGUCACUCAACCGUAAGUGAAAUUCUGGAUGAAGAAGAGUUGUUGACCAAGCUGGGGGUUCUGCUGACUGACAGCAGCUGUGCAUUUUUCAGACCAUCAGUGUUAGCCUUCACACUUUUGAGAUUUGAAGUUGACAAGCAACUAUCUCAUACUAUUAACAAAACAGCAAGUUUUGGUGACGUCAUCCAUACAUUAGCUGUGAUGAAGGAGUUACAACUGAGAUGUGAGACAUCAGCUGCUGACUUGGUUAGUUGUUCCCAAUUCGCAUCCAAAGUGUUAAAACGCUACAACAACCAUGAACCCUGCGGAAACAAUGCGUACCUGAAAUGGAACUUUUUUCCAUCAUUCCGUAGACGUGACCGCUCCUCCCGAUCGACCCUGAGUGUAAUCAAUGAGAAACCUAAUGGGCAAAUCAAAAAUGGAAGAAUCAAUAGGAAGAAGAAUCGUACUAACUAAUUGCCAAAUUUCUAUGCAGUACUAUUGUAAGCACAGUUUGUUUUAAAUUCUUAUAAAAAAAUGGUCUUAGCUUUUAAUGUAUAGUGUGUGUUAACUGCAAGUUUGUUCAUGUGUAAUUAAUUCCCAGAAUCGUUUCAAUAUUAAUUUAUAUAUCCUUAUUCAUCCUCAUUUGUAUUGUGGAAUCUUGCAUUGACACACACUUACCUAAUUUUUAAAGAGACAAACGAUAAUUUCUUCUUUGUCCGUCAGCUCCUAUAUUUUUUGAACAUCUUCAAUACCAUAUUUACUCGUUGGAAAAUGGACUGCAAGAAGUUAUGUUUGUCUCCUUAUUUUUAUUCUAGAGUACCUAUAUGUAACCUAAGAUAUCUAUAUCGAAAGUGAUGUGAGUGUAAAUUAUAUGUUUUUAUGUAAAGAGUUUACUAUAUAUAUUUUUAUGAAAAAUUUAAAUCUAGUGAUAUUAAAUAUAAGCUGUGAGUCUCUAUUGAGCGCCAUUUUUUGACUUGCUACAAAAACUUGCGUUCUGGUAAAUUUUGCAUGAUAAGCUACACCACAUCACAAAAAUUUGUAAAAUUUUAUAUAAAAAAAUAUAUACAUAAUUGCAAAAUAUGCAAAAAAAAUAUAAAAUGUUUUAAAUAUUAAAAAAUAUCUUGGUUAAAAUGUUACAUAUUUUUAGUUUUAUUUUUAAAAAGAUUUUGAUUGAUUAUAAAUGUGCUUACUCAUUGUCUGUUCUGUCCUGAAACUAGUCCUUCUGAUUUGUUACCAUGUAAUGGCAUAUCUUUUGAAUACGCUAAUAUACAUCUCCACAGAA